GCAGGUUAGCCGGAAGUUGCGCGAAGAGCAGGCUGUCAUCGGAGCAGCUAGCUAUCUGCUUCCCUGAAAACAAGUAAAAAUUGAAGUUUAAAUCGUCGCCAAGUUGAAGUCAAAGUACCUCUCGUAGGAACAUGGACGACGACGUGUUGACGACUCUGAAACUGUUGAUAAUUGGUGAAAGUGGAGUCGGGAAGUCCAGUCUCCUCCUAAGGUUCACAGACGAUACUUUCGAUCCAGAGCAGUCAGCCACAAUAGGUGUGGACUUCAAAGUAAAAACACUCGCAAUAGAUGGGAACAAAGCAAAGCUCGCCAUAUGGGACACAGCUGGACAGGAAAGGUUUCGCACCCUGACGCCCAGCUAUUACCGAGGUGCACAAGGAGUCAUACUCGUGUAUGAUGUCACUAAGCGUGACACUUUUACAAAGCUUGAAAACUGGCUGAACGAAUUAGAAACCUACACCACACGCAACGACAUUGUAAAGAUGCUGGUUGGGAACAAAAUUGAUAAGGAUGACCAUGAGGUGGACAGAAAUGAAGGCUUGAAAUUCGCUAGGAAACACUCUAUGCUUUUUAUUGAGGCCAGUGCAAAGACCAAAGAUGGCGUCCAGUGUGCCUUUGAGGAGCUUGUGGAGAAGAUCCUCCAGACUCCAGGGCUCUGGGAGAGUGAAGGCCAGGGCCAGAAGGUCCGUCUGGGGGACCAGGAGCAGGCCAGUGGCAAGGCAUGUGGAGGAUACUGCUCCAUACCCUGAAACUGAUCAAAAUGAAAAAGCACAAACCUGAUAGGAAUGACUACGGACCAGAACCAGAGAGCGAAAGAGAGAAAGAGCAGGAGAGGGAGAGGUGGAAGUGGAUGAGUACUUAAAAAAUUUUAUUGUUGGGAAUAGUUCUGUCGGUCGAAUGGACUUUGCUGUUUGCACACUUCCUUUUCAACCAUCAUCUGUCACAUGUCACUACUUUCUGUUUAAAACCUUAAUGAAAGGAUCAUGCAAGAAUAGCCUCUUGUCUAAGGACGUAUAGUAUUUUAAAUUAACUUCACCAUGCCAAGUGUACAUAUGUCAUACAUGUACAUGUCUGGUUUGAAUUUAUCUUAUUGGCAACAGUGACUCUGUUGUACAUUAAGGCAUCAGGUUAAUAGUGUAGUGCCUAUAACAUGAACCAAUUUGUAGGAUACAGUACAUAGCUUGUCAAAUUGUAUUCAAAAUGAUAAAUUGUAAUCAAUAUGGAAGUCUCUUCGCUCAUUGGCUUCCAGGAAAACGCUUGUCCUGCUUCUGCUAUGUGAGCUGUAAACGUCGACUUAUAUGUAGCCGCAAAGUUAAAGUACAAAUUGUUCUACAAGUCACAUACAAUAUAUUUGCAAGCUUUAUUAAACACAUACCACAUCACUUCGAUAAAGGAUAGUGGUGGAGGAGACUUGUUGUGUGGCAUUUGUUGGCCUCCAUUUAACGUCUCAUUAUGCACUAGAAGCCUGUGAAUGUUCCCAAAGAAGACAUCUCACAACGGACCCCAGCUGCUGACACCAGUUUAUUUUUACCCGUAGCCCCAUUAUUAUUCAUCUUUACUGGAAAAUAUAUAGAUGCUUUCAAUUGAACUGACAAGUUUUUUCCUCUUACUAAGAAAAUAUGCAAAACAAGUAAUCAUCUUUGUCUUGUAGGAUUUUCCUUGAACUAACCUGUCUUUGUCUUUGCAUGGCUGAUCUAGACCAUAACUUCCAGAGGUACAAGUGUGAGGUUUACAGUCCUGCAGUAGAGCUCUUGCAAUAAAAUCUGCUCUAUUAUUGACUUGAGCUCACUGUUAUCUUGCCUGGAUGCAUUUGGUCUCAAACUUGUCCUGUGAGCUUGUCUUUCCUACACAUUUUUUGCAGGUUGUGUGUAUUGUUGUGGUCCAUAUAAUGUCCCACGGAUUUACUUAAGGCAUUUCUCACUCAUUAUAGUAAGAGAGCAUUCCUGAGAGCUUUGUACCUUCCUUUCUCCAGUCUAUUUUUGAUGCAUUGUUGCUAUUUGUUUGAAUUUUCUCAUUUAAAAUUGUGUUGAUUGACCCUUUACCCUGCUUUUACCCCAGUACUUUUCCCUGUUGUUUUUGCUAUGCAUCUGUUUGAAUCAUAUACAGCAAUAUGUUAAACUUAUAUCUGCCUUAACAUUGAAUGACAUUUGCUAGAGUUAUGGUCAAGUAACAUUUGUAUUGUUUCAAACUGAAAUAAACGACAGCCCCAAGAUGCCGUCA